UCCUAGUCGAUCCUUCCUAUCCUAUCCUAUCCUCCAACGAGACAAAAACAAAAUGGAUCAACUCGCCGGCUUCGCUUCCAAGUUCGUUCAGAACCAGGGUGGAAACCAGGACAGCUAUAGCAAUAACAAUAACAACGACAACAACAACAACAACAAUAACAACUUUGACGGUGGAAACAACGGUGGCAAUAACAACAACUUCAACAACAACAACAACAGCAACAGCAACAGCGGUAACAGCGAAGAUUACCUUGACAAGGGUACGCCAAUUGAACCCUCCUCAAUUGGGAGAAAGCAACAGGAAAAGAAGUUAACAAUAAUAAAAAUAUAGCCCUCGACAACGUCGAAUCUAAAUACGGCAUGGACCCCACCAAGAUGCGCGGCAUCAACGAGAAAAUCACCGAUACGGCGCGGAAUGAGUUUGAGAGUGCUACUGGCUAUGAUAUUCCCAAUAAGUUCUCUAAUUAAUCUGUUGAACCGAAUUGAAUGGAAUGGAUACAUACAUGGGUUGGAGUUGGGAUUGAGUAUAUAGAAUUGGAAUGACCAACUGCUGCAGUCUGCAUGCCAUGACUUGAAGUAUUCAUCUAUCA